AUGGCGCCUAGGAAAAAGAACCCGGCCAUCAAGUCGAGCGGCACCACUUCGUCCAAAGCCUCGCCGCUCCCAGACUGGGUCAAAGGUGGAGGUCCCAAACCACCGCCCUCCUACACUAAAGCCGCCAAACAGCAGCUACAGCAACCACAGCCACAGCCGCCCAAAGAUGGUGCCAGCCCCGGCACUCCAGCAGCGGGCCCUUCUUCCGCGCCAUCGACUGCACCGGGUCAGGGUCAAGGUCAGAGAGAGAUGCUCUUCCCUCCGGGCAGCAAGACGCCGCUCAACAUGCUGUACGAACGCAUCAACAAGCUGCCAGGCUGGGAAAAGCCCAUUGUCGAGCCACGCAGACACAAGGAAGGCUACAGCUGCGCUGUGACGCUAAAGAAAGUCAACAAGAAGGACGCCUCGAAUCCUUUCACCGUCACCUUUGAACCCAAAGAACCCGGUCUCCGCCUCGAAUGCCAGUCCAGCUUGGAAGCCAAACACUGGGGCGCCACUUAUGCGCUAUUUCGUAUCUUCAACCAUCUCUCCCUCAACCUUGCCCUGCCACCGGGGCCCCGGGAGUAUUGGGUAAAGAUGGAGGCGUACAAAAAGACUGCCCCCAGCCACCAGGACUGGAUGUGGGAGUCAGAUCCUUUCGAGGCAGCGGCCAAGAGGGAGGCGGAAAAGGCAAAAAAGGAGCAGGACAAGCAGGCAGCUGCAGACGCCGCAAGCAGAGGCGAAGUUGGCAUCGUUAAUGGCAAGCUCAACGGCACAGGAAAACCGUUGAGCAAAGCAUGGCAGGAAGCCAAAGAGGUUCGUCUGGCAAGUUCGUUGCGGGAAAAGAUCGAGGCUACCAUCCGCAAAGCCAUGAGCAUCUUCCCGUCCGCAAGCACGACGCCACUCGACUUGAUUGAAGAGGACCAGGAUCCCAACAGCACAGCGGCGGCAGAAUCGGUUCCCAAGGUGGAUGCGGCCGGCCUCGAAAGAGAGCUCACUUCGUACGGCUUCCGACGUGGUCAUGCGCGCAGUGCAAUCUCGUGGCUCACCUCGGCACGCACCGCCCUGUCCAAUCCGUCGUCCUCCACGGCAGCAUUACUUGUCGACCCCAUGCUUGCUUCGGCUGCUUCUUUGGCCGAUCGCGAAGCUGCACUCGAGUACCUGAUGCUCUACACUCCCGAAGAGGAUCUUCCGGUCAGGUUCAAGCCGAGCACCUCGUCGGAGAGCUUUGUCACUGCCUCCAAGGCGGGCGCCGGUGGAGAUGCGCUUGCAGUUGGAUGGGCGGUCGACAGGCUGUCCAAGCAGGCCGGUUUUCCGAGGAGAGCGGUCCAAGCUACUUUCAAACGCAUCGCUGCUGCUGAACGUGCACAUCAUGUCGAGCUGCCUCGCACGGCCAAAGAGGGCUUGGCAUUGGAAAUGCUACUCCGGCAGAUGGCUGGAUGGGAUGCUGUCGAACAGGUCGAGGAACAAUGGACGUCAGAUGCUGUUCUAGAAGCCGUCCUCUCCUAUCCGACCCAGAUCGACGAUGCAGACAAGGAAGAGAUCGAGAUGAAGCGCGCUGACGAACGCAUGGCUGUCGAAGCCGUUCUGGGCGAAGAUCGAGUGGUGGUCCCUUCGGAACACGAUCGACUCGGUAUGCACGACUACGACAUUUCUAUCGCGGGACCAGAUACAGCGGCAGGCGGCAAGGAAGACGUGCGACUGCGCAUCUCGUCGCAUCCACACGCGCUCUACCCCCUCGCCCGGGAGAAGUCGGAAACGUAUGCUCUGCCAGCCUUUUGCGUCGUUUCCAAGACGCUGCCGUCGUACCUGAAGCUAGCCCUCACCCAACACUUGCUUCGCGCUUUCCAGGGCGACAACAAGAGACUCGACUGGUUCGAGGCCAUCGAGUCAGGAGAUGGCGGUGUACUGUUGAGCUUGGUCGAAGAGCUCGAGAGCACAUGGUCCAAAGUUGUCGACGACCCGCCUCUGCUCAACAGUGUCAUGCAGCACCUCAUUGCGGCAGAGCAGGCCGACACCAGCGCCGAUGCCACACCAGAGACGUCUCGCGCCGCAACACCCACGGGUCAACGCAAGACAGCCAACGCCAAACGCAGAGGCGGAGGAGGAAAGCCACUGCGACGCGAUGCCGAGAUCGAUGCUCUGCUGCAACGCCAGCAAAAGCAGCUGCGUACCUCGUCAAGCUAUUCCAAAAUGGGAGCCAUCCGUAAGUCUUUGCCUGCUGCAACUGCUGCUGGAGAGAUCUUGGAGCUGAUCCGCACCAAUCGUGUGGUGAUCAUUGCCGGCGAGACGGGAUGUGGUAAGACGACGCAAGUGCCGCAAUUCAUUCUGGACGAAGCGAUCGAGGCCGGUAGCGGCAGCGAGUGCAAUAUCGUCGUUACUCAGCCCCGGCGUGUGAGUGCUAUCGGUGUCGCAUCGCGUGUCGCUGUCGAACGUGGCGAAGAGUUGGACGGCAAAAAGAGGCCCGUAGCGUCGGGAAGCUUGGUUGGUUAUGCGAUCCGUGGAGAGCGCAGAGCAUCGAGAGAAUGCAGGUUGCUCUUCACUACGACGGGUGUUCUACUCCGACGUCUGGGUGCUGGUGGCGACACGGACCUCAAGGGCAUCUCGCACGUUGUGGUGGACGAGGUGCACGAGCGCAACGUCGACUCGGACUUCCUGCUGCUCGAGUUGCGCGAGUUGCUCAAGCGAAACAGUAAGAUCAAGGUGGUGCUGAUGAGUGCCACCAUCAACCAGGAGACAUUUGCGAGUUACUUUGGCAAAGCGCCUUGCAUCUCGAUCCCUGGGCGCACUUUCCCCGUCGAGGACCACUACCUGGAGGACAUCGUACGCGAGAGCGGAUUCCGACCGUCGGGCAACGAGUUCCGAGGCGGGUUCGGCGCACGGGGCGGCAAGCAAAUCGAGGAGGAAAUGGGCCAGCUGCGCACGCAUCUGCAAGCACAGAAUGUCGACGAAGACACGAUGCGCGCGGUGGAGAGCGUCUCUCGAUCUGGUGGAAGGAUCAGCUACGAGUUGAUCGGUGCGGUGGUGCGCUACGUGGUGGAGAGAGCCGAGAACGAAGAGCUGAGUGGAGCAGUGGAUGCCAGCGUGGGCGGAGCCAUCUUGGUCUUCUGCCCUGGUGUAGGCGAGAUUCGACAAGCGAUCGACGCCAUCUCAACAUCGUUGCGUGGACAGAGCAAGGUCGAGAUCCUACCGCUGCAUGCGAACUUGUCUCCGGACGAGCAGCGACGGGUAUUCCACCCUGUUCGAGCUGGCCACCGCAAGAUUGUGGUUUCGACCAACGUGGCGGAAACUUCGAUUACGAUCCCGGAUGUAUCGUACGUGGUGGAUACGGGCCGAGUCAAGGAGACACGCUUCGAGCCAGAAAGCGGGCUGACACGCUUGGUCGAGUGCUGGGCAUCGCGUGCAGCGUGCAAGCAGCGACGUGGUCGUGCUGGCCGUGUUCGCGCGGGAGAGUGCUUCCGACUGUACUCGCGAUUCGUCGACGAAAAGAGGAUGGCGGCGCAGCAGACGCCCGAGAUGCGACGAGUACCGCUGGAAUCGCUGUUCCUCGAGGUCAAGUCGAUGCGCGAGGAUGAAGACGUCAAGGAGUACCUCGGCAAGGCGUUGGACCCACCAAGCCUGGCCUCGAUGGACGCGGCGCUGAGCAACCUGGUGGAAGCGGGUGCGCUGCAAGCGGACAAAGGAUACAAGAGCAGGCUGACGUCGCUGGGUAAGCAUCUGGCGCAGCUGCCUCUGGAUCUGCGGUUGGCCAAGCUGUUGAUCAUGGGAACGAUCUUUGGCUGCUUGGGACCGAUGCUGACGGUGGCGAGCAUCAUGUCCUGCAAGCCGCUGUUUUCCGCACCGUUCGAGAAGAGGGAAGAGGUGAGCAAGGCACGAGGCACCUUUGCAGCCGAAGCUGGAUGCCGAAGCGACCUGCUCGCCGAUGCUGCUGCGUUCGAGCAAUGGCAGACAAUGCGCGUCCAGCGCAAAUCCAACGCAGAGAUCAGGGAAUGGUGCGAGACCAAUUUCAUCUCCCAGUCGACGCUGAGGGACAUCCAAACGAACCGAUUGGAUCUCCUGUCGCAUCUGCAAGAGAUGGGCUUCGUGGCCACGAGCUACAGUCCCUUCGGUGUCUACGAUGACGAAACAUACGACAAGAAUGCACAGCACGCCGGAGUGCUCCGGUCGGUGAUUCUGGCCGGACUGUGGCCAGCAGUGAUUCGAAUCGAUUUGCCGUCGGCCAAGUUUGACCAGUCGUCGAGCGGAACGGUGCAGCGAGAGGCGGAGGCACGCCAGGUGAAGUACUUUGAUCGCAACGGUCGAGUGUUCUUGCAUCCGUCGUCGACGCUGUUCAGCUGCAAGGGAUUCGAAUCGUCGUAUCUGACCACAUUUGCCAAGAGCUCGACGGGAGCAGGAUCGGAUUCCAAGGUCUACUUGCGCGAUGCGACCGAAGUUCCGCUAUUCGGACUGUUGCUCUUUGGAGGCAAGCUCAAGAUCAAUCAUUUUGCGGGUGGAAUCGGGAUUGGUUCGAACGCGGCGGUAGUCGCAGCUGGCAAGGACGAGAACUGGGUUCGACUGCGCGCCAAUGCUCGAAUUGGAGUGUUGUGCGCUCAGUUGAGGCGGCUGUUAGAUGCUGUGCUGGACCACGCCAUUGAUGAGCCUCAGGACAUGUUUGCUGCGCCAGGAUGCCGAGAAGUGUUGCAAGUGAUUGUCCAAGUGCUGCAACGCGAUGGUCUGGCUGCCUAG